AAACAGAAGAUAGUACCAGUUGUAUACGUUAUUAUUUCGUGUUGAUAUUUUUAGGUUAUACAAAUUCAAAAGUACUAUUAUUAUAAAAAUAAAACUUAAACCUUUUUUCGCGAGAAGUAAGAAUCUUUAACGGUUUUAAAUCUGAUAACCACAAUAUAUCAGCCUGGCACUACUAAUCUUUUGGUUAUGUCUUAUAAUAUGUACUGUUGUAAAUUAGUUUUGCACUUAUAUAAUUUGUCUAACGUCAUGUAUUUAAAUGUUGUUUACGUAAGGUACUGCGCAUUGAAUUAUAUUUAUGGUUGUAACUUAAAAUUAAUAAUCAUUAAAUUAGGAGACACACAUAUUACUUCAAAUAUUAUCGUGAAUGAUAAUUUUCAAAAUCUGACCAUAAGAAGAAAUUGUUGGUUAAACAAACUUUGGGCAAUUCUCUUUUUCUCAUUAACGUGUUUCUGACACGGAAAGUUCAAUGAUAUACAACCGGCAUUAUUUUUAAUUUACCAGCCAUACAAUAGUAUUAUUGAACUAGUAAUUUUUUGAGGUACAAUUUUAAAUUUUAAGUCAAAAUUAAUGAUCGGUUUAACUUCCAUAAAACAAAAUUAAAAUAUGAAAUUCGGAUACUUGUUUAAUUUUCUAUUUGAAGGUGGAAAUUUAAAAAAAUUAUCAAUAUAGAAAUAAUUAAGAAUUAUAAUAAACCAACAACCAAAAAGAAUACGAGGAAAAAAAAUAGCUCUGUCGUUAAUACAUUUCUAAGGAUCGAACAUUUUCUUGUACUUACAAGGAUUUCAUGACACACACCUGUAAUACAAGAAAAACAUAUUCAUAUUUAAAUCUUUGCUGAAAAUAUAAAUAACGUUUAGUUCACAAUUAUAAAGUAAAUCAUACCAAUUUUUAGGACAUUAGUAAUAUAUCACGUGAAACUAUUAUUCCCACUGAUGUAAAAGCAAGAGAUGACACAUAUUAUAAUGUAAAAUACUAAAAUAGAACGGUAAUAGGUUUAGUUAUUUUGUAAAUUAGAUUAGAUUCGACGUAUUAAAAACAUACCGAAAUGAUUAAAUAAAUGAGAAUAAUUCAAUAUUUUAGAAAAUGUCCGCCAUGAACUUCCUCAAGCCAAUAAUUACAUUUUCAUUUAUGCUACUUGUAAGUUAAACCGUUUGAUAAAUUAAUAUAUAUUAUAAAGUUAUAAAAUCAACCAGUGACUCUCUUUCAUAGGUGUUGCCCAGUUUUCCAAUUAUUUCUGCCGAUCCCGGCAGUAAGUAUUAAUUUUAGUAUAAUCAAUUUUACGCAGCAUAACAACAGUUUAUACUGUAGUACGUUUUAUGUUUAUAUUGUAAACUCUAUUGUCCGCAAUUUCAUUUAAUUUAUAACAGCAUUGGGGUUUAACCCUUGCUUUAAUUUUAGAAAAAAAAUAUAAAUUACCUGAUCUAACGUCUAAUGGUAUUCUGGAUAUAGUUACAAUUUUAAAACCUUGUAAUUAUAAUUUUAUUUUUACGCAUCAUUCGCGUUGAUAUAAAAUACAAUUUUAUGAGAUUUAUAUACAUUGCAGGUGAUGUAUUUAAGUGGGUACACUCAUUAUCUCGGAAUGUAUUAAAUUUUUCUAGAACAUUUAAGAAACAAUCAGCUCUAUAAUUUUAUGGUUUUGUUAUUUUUUGUAACCCCUAUUAUUGGGUGUAAAACGACUACCUACUUUUGAUUUUUAAAUGUCAACCUAUGUUAAACAGUUUAUAAAUAUAUAGUAUGUACGUUGAAAUAAAUGUUAGUAUUGAAAUUGUUUAGUUCUGCCGAGCCAUUGGUGAGAUAUUCCACUUUUAAGUUUGGGUAGUGGUGCAUUAUUAACACGCUGCGUGCCGUACCACCACACAAAUUAUACUCCAAACAACUUCUAACAAAUUCCGAAAAAAACUUAUAAAAACCUAAAAAACUUCCGAGAUAUAAGUGUACCAACCUAAAUGGAUUACAUGGUAUUCUAUUAAAUCGAAACUAUAUUUAAUUAGCGAUAUCAAAUCACAAUUAACAUUAAAUUUCCACGAAAAAUUACCUAACAUAAUUUUUUCAAUAUAGAGGAAAUGACUGAUUUACUCAACUGGUGGAGAGAAAUGCCAGCGUUAGAUAUAUACGCAUUAAAUGAAAAAGGUGAGUCGUUGUUAGAUACUUGAUUUAAGUUUCUGAUUUCCGCUUGUGUAAAAAUUGUAAUGUUAUAAUAAAUAAAUAUAACUAUUUUCGGUACAGAUACAAAAAUUUUAGCACGUUUCGAAGAAAUAAUAAAGGACGGUAAAAAAGGUCUACACCCUAUUGAACAAUUGAGCAGUAAGAAAAUAUUAAUUAAAUGUAUUAUAAUAGUUUAUAUUAUAUCAUUUUUGUGAUCAUAGGUAUGAAUGCUGUUUUGCGCGAUUGGUGGAAGAAAUGUCCCAUAUUUGAUCCGAGUUUAGGAAGUAACCAAAAAAGUACCUGUCUACCUUUGAGUACGUGGAAUAAGGACAUAUUUUGUAGUGAAUUGAAAAUAUAUAUGUUUAUAGUUUACAAUUUAUAUUGAUAAUAUAUUUAUCAUAUUUUUAAUAUUAUAUAAUAUGAUUUUAAUGUAUAGAUGGUGGGGAAAUUGUGCACAAGGCUGAUAGGAGAUUUAUUGAGGACACUAAAAUGGAAACCCAACAUAUGAUACAAACCAGUGGUAAGAAAAUUCAUAUUAUUUUAUAUUGUAUAUUUUGUUAUAUUUUAGUAUUAGAGGUCCUAAAAGAACAAUAUUUAAAAAUGUGAAAACCAAUUAGGUAUGUUACCUAAUGUCAUUAUAUUAAAAUGUAAAUAGCUCAAAAAUGGUUUCAUAAUUUAAAAGUAUAAAAGCAUUUUAUUUCUAAAUUUUCCGUUUUUCCCAUUUACUGGGAAAAAUCCUUGGAAAAAUCAAAAAAUGUCCUCCUUAAAGUAUUAUGCUACAAAAUAUUCUUUUAUAGAAAAAGUUUGACACUUGAUACUUCGUAGCAAGAUUUCUGAUAGAAUUCAUAUACAAAGUAUAAAAAAAUAAAAAAUAAUAACAAUAGGUCUCACUGUAAUACCGAAACAUUACUUACUCUGGUAAGAAUAUCUAACAAAAAUUUAAUGAAAGAGUGACUCAAUCAUGGAUAGACUUGAAGAAACGGAUGAAGUAAAAGAAAUAUCGGUUUAGUCAAGAAAACACGGGAAGAUACGUUUUUAUUUUUUAUUUUCAAGUAUUAUCGUUUCAUACUGUGAACGGGUAAAAUCAACAGUAAUUCUUUAUUAGUCCAUUGUGAUAUACUAUACAAUGUUUUGGCAAUUGUCUAAUUUUAUAGGCAAAAAUUUAACUCCCGUAAUAAUUCGAAAUACUACAACAUAAUCAUAUUUGUAUUUAAAGAAACGAAGGAGAUGGAACCAGCAAAUUCAGACAAAACAGAAGGUGACAAUGAAUCAAAAACGGGGAAAGUAAAAAAAGAAAGACCGAGAACACGGUGGAUUACCAUCGCAUAAUAACUAACAGAUUAAGAAAAAAAAUCAGAUUGAAUAACAAUUAAAAUGUUAUAAUAUAUUUUAUUACAUAUAAAUAAACGAUUUUUUUGAUUUAUUAAUA